AUGAAGUGGUUAGAGAAGCUCGAAUACAGGCCAGUGGCCUCGGGCACAAGCCGCGACUCUACCUCUGAAUCAGACGAAGACGAGACGAAAGGUUUCAUUAGCGGAGCUCACACAAAAGGCAACAAGCACUUCAUAAUAAGCCGUCGAGCACUCAUACUUGUCUCCCUCAUCAACCUAUCCGCCGUCCUCAUCGCAGUCAGUCUCUUUGGGGCAUGGUUUUACAACCACUACAUAGUGCGCAACGCGGCUCUUCGAAGAGUAUCCGGCUACAGUCCUUUAUACGACAGAUACGACGUGGAGUUCGAGGAUGUGACGAUCAACGGAACUUUCUACCCACACCAAGAAGGCGGUAGUAUCAUGCGGCACCAGCCAAACCCAGCGGACGACAAGAUCUGGGAGGAGUGGGAGUUGACGCGUGUUUAUCCUGUCACCCGCGAGGAAAUCACCAAGAUGGGCAAGGACUACACGACCGUAGCCAAGCUCGAAGACAAAGACUGGGGCUUGGGGGACAAUGCGUACGCAGCGAUCUUCGACGUUUAUCAUCAACUACACUGUCUGAACUCGCUGCGGAAGGUCGUGUAUGGAGGGUAUUAUAACAUGAGCCAAGCUAGAGCAGACAGAGUCAUGCAGCGCGAGUUACACAUGAAUCACUGCUUCGAUAUCCUACUCCAAACAAUCCAGUGCUCUGGCAAUCUGGACAUGAUCCCCCUGGUCUGGAUGUACACACAGGCAUAUCCUUUCGCAGACAUGUCCAUCAACAAGAAGUGCCAUAACUUCGAUAAGUUCACCGACUGGCGCAGAGAGAACACUAUCGACAUGGACAAGUACAUCGAAGUGAUGAAGCAGCCUGAGGCCGACAAGCCAGGCAUCAAGCAGCUACCGGCUGCAGAUAGGUAUUAUGAGUAUUGGGGAUAUGAUAACCCGAAUCAUAAGCCGGUUUCGGAGGGAGGUUUGGGGCUACCCUUGGAUCAAGACUCGAACCUGUAG